GCAGGUCUUGUUACGGUGGGCUAUCGGCGGUCGAUCCUUUUUCUUUCCCCCCUUUGUAAAAUUGUGAGAUGUGAGGGACCAAGCGAAGGCAGAGCCAAGGAUUGAAUUUGAAUGCAGGCGGUGAUGCGAGUGAACCAGAGUUUUUGCUGUAAUAGCCAUUCGACGAAGUUUGAUACGAAGAUAACGAAAGAAGGAGGAGGAGUAGGAAGAUCUGGGUUUGGUUUCUUAGAAGAUCCGUUUGUCGGAUUCGAUCAUGCAGUUGCCGGAAUCAAGUUGGGAGGAACUGAGAAAGGAAUCGCGGAAGAUCGAGGGUGAUCUUGACGUCAGGCUGUCUUCUUAUGCUAAGCUUGGCUCUAGGUUCACACAAGGGGGUUUGUUUUCUUCAUGAUGUAGCUUACUCCAUUCUUCCACUCUCGCUUUGGUACUUCACAUAUUGAUGAAUGUUGACUUUAUCAGUAUGACAUGGUGGGUUUGUGUUGGAUUUCCCAAGUUGCCAUUUCUUUUCCUUAAUGCCUCUUAGAAUUGCAAUUGCUAUUUGUCUGCGUUGGGGAGGAGGGGUUAACCCCAAUUCUCUUCUUCUUGAUUCAUUUAAUUAUGAAGGGAAUGGAAUUUUCAUUUACUCUUCAUAUUUCGCUUGCUUGAUUCUUGUGGUUGCUUAGCAGCUUAGCAAAUUUAAUUCAAAGCGAGACAUUUUUUACUCUACGGAGGAGUUCGGUCGGAUCUCUCAUUUUUUAGGAUUAUUUAUUGAACUUACUUCUUCUUGUUCGCUAUGUUUCAUCUUAAGUUUUUUGAUUAUUGAUCGCCACUGUUUGUGGAAAACUGUAAUUCAACUUAAAUUUGUGGAGAAAUAAAAUUAAGUUUCUGUCGUUUGGUGUGGCUCCUGUUUAUAAGCUGAAAAUGGUCUAUUUAAUGAGUCAAGGAGAUCUAAUAACAGCAGACAGAAAGCAAUAUGUUGUAAUUUUCCUCCAGGGAAGCUUGCCUCCCUAAAAAGUGGGUUUUCGCUCUCAAGAUGAAUAUCAAUGAUGAAGAUAUCCCCAAUAUUUUUCACCCCUGUGCUCUGGGUGGGGCCUGGGAGUUAUAAUUCCUAUUUUCUCUCACUUUAUAAGCUAUAAAUUGGUUGGGUGUUUCUUUGUUUGUCUUGGCAGUACAUUUUCAGAAUGUAUGUCACAACAGUCACUUUACAACAGUGCAGGGACAUUAGUGGUUAUGCACUUUUCUUUUCUGAGCAACUUUUAUAUCUCUUCUUCUCUUUCCUGUAGCUGUUGCUUCGCAUGCUAUUUUCUCCUUGUUAAUCAGUUCCUAUACAUUAUCUUUUCCUUCUGGUUAUUGUGGCUUUGGCUGUUAGUAUUGAUGUCUUCUUGUAAGGAGAGCAUUGAUAAAAUAUUUACUUCCAGAAGCAUGAAGAAAUAAUUCCUAGCUCAAUUCCAUCAUAUUAAGGUCUUACAAGGUGGCUGCUAAAACUGCACUUUAGGAUUGGUAGCUGUAUAUAGUUACAGAAGACUAUAAUAACCUCAAGUGCAUUCUGUCUCUUUGUAUUUCUUCUAGUAGAGUAUUUGUUAUUAGAUAUAGCUUGUAGUCAGUGCUUAACUGCUUAUUUUUUUUAUUCAUCUAUGAUUGAGCAGUUUCCACCAUUUUCUGGCACUGGGAUUGUGGUGUUUAAUUUUCUAGCUCUGCCAGUCUUAUACAUGUGUAUUAAUCUAACUUCUUCUAUCAGGUUAUGUGGAUGGUGUAGAAUGUCUAAUAUUACUUGUAAAUUGCCUUAUGUUGCUUGUCAAGUCCACAACGUUACUUGUCAAACACCUAACCUGUGUAAAUCUAUACACAACUUAUUAAAUUACUAACUUCACAAGUAAAAUGUCUUGUAAAGUAUAAUGUAUUUGCCUUCAAAUUAAUAUAAAUUUCUUUAACUUCACUUGUAAAUUGUGAAACCCUUUUGUUGCUUGUUAAGACUAGAAUAUUACUUGUGCAAUAUUCAUUCUAUGUAAAACCAUCCAUGACUUGUUAAAUCACUAGUGUAACCUGUAGAACAUAUAACAUUACUUGUAAGUUGUUUUACAUUGCUUGUCAAGUCCAUAAUGUUACUUUUCAAAUACCUAACCUGUGUAAACCUAUGCAUGACUCAUUAAAUUACUAACUUCACAAGUAAAAUGUCCUGUAAAGUUUGAUAAUGUACUUGUCUUAAAAUUAAUGUAAAUUCCCUUAAUUUCACUUGUAAAUUCCAUUAUGUUACUUUUUAAGAUUGAAAUAUUACUUGUCCAAUAUUCAUCCUGUGUAAAAUCAUCCAUAAUUUGUUAAAUUACUAACAUUACUUGUAGAAAUAACAUUUAAUAUUACUUGUAAAUUGUCUUACGUUGCUUGUCAAGUCUGUCAUGUUGCUUGCAAACAUGGCUUCUCUCAUGCUGUGUACUUUUGUUUGAACACUAGGGGUGAUAAUAUCAUUUUGCCAUGAAACUUAGUAUCAUGUUUGUUUUCGAAACCUGCAUAGUUAUUUCAUAAAUAUUUGGGUGUAAUUGGAAAAUAUUUACCUACCAUGUCUUGAAAUGAAAUUCUCCCAAAAAAAUAGGAGGUGGCCAUGCACCCAUGCCUCUCCUCCCAUUGCUUUGAGGACAUGAACUAACACACCACGAAGGAGCAUGAGGCGCCAUUGUUUGACAAUUUUCAGCAAUUCUUGUGGGUUUAGAGAGAGUCGAGUUUUAGAGGGAGGAAGAGAUUAGAGAGAGAAGACCUUCUGAGUAGGAGAAGAAGAGAGGAGGAAUUUGAAUGAGAUAAGAAGAUAGAAGAGGGAAGCAUAAAUUGAGGGCAGAAAGAAGGAAGUUGCAGCAAUCGAGGUGAAUUGCAUUGUGCAAGCAAGAGAAUGAUUCGAAGCACUUAUGCAUAUCUUGCAUAUGACAAAAGUUUUGUAUGGUGGCAUUUUCCAAUGCUUAUGGAUGGAAGCCAUUGCAUAAUAUAAUGGCCACAGAUGCCAUGGGGGGUCUAGAAUGGAGCGAGCUGACUGAGGUUUUGGUUAUUUUGUGAAAUAAGAAUGAUAUUGCUAUGCAUGAGUUCCCGUUCCCUUUUCACUUCUUUCAAGCAUUUAAUUACUCCAUCAAUUCUGUCUUGUUGGUACCACUCAUCGCCCCUCCCCCAUUUCACCAAUGCACCACUGGUUGAUGCUCUUCAUGCAAUGGCUCUCAAGAAUGCUUCUCUUCAAUCUUCUUACUCUGCCAAUUUUCUCUUGACUCUUUAUCUCAAAUCCUACAAUUUGGAAAGCGCUCAUAAGCUGUUUGAUGAAAUUCUCCUCAAAGACACCCACACGUGGUCCAUUCUCAUAUCAGGUUAUGCUCGAUCUGGCUCUUCCUUCAUGGUCUUUACCCUUUUCAGAGAUAUGUUGGCAGCAUUUACAGCUCCAAAUCAAUAUACAUUAUCCAGUGUCUUCAAGUGCUGCUCCAUUGGAAACAAUAUCCGGUUUGGUAAGGCAAUCCAUGCAUGGAUGCUGCAAACUGGUAUUGAUGGAGAUGUCGUGCUGCAUAAUGCUAUGCUUGAUCUUUAUUUGAAAUGCAGAGAUUUUGAAUAUGCAAAGAGAUUAUUCAAGUUGAUGGAGGAGAGAGAUGUUGUGUCAUGGAAUAUAAUGAUUGGUGCAUAUAUGCAAACAGGAGAUGUGGAGAAAUCUCUUGACAUAUUCAGGAACUUGCCUUACAAGGAUGUCGUAAGUUGGAAUAUAGUCAUAGAUGGACUGCUGCAAUGUGGUUAUAAAAGAUAUGCAUUGGAGCAACUCCAUUUUAUGAUGGAAAGUAGAGUUCAAUUUUCUGCUGUCACUUUUUCCGUAGCUCUUACGUUGGCAUCUUCUUUAUUCCAUUUACCACUAGGCAGACAACUUCAUGGGCGUGUUUUAAAAUUUGGCGUUAGUGGAGAUGGUUUUAUAAGAAGUUCACUUAUAGAAAUGUAUUGCAAGUGCUCAAGAAUGGAUAAAGCAUCUCUAAUCCUCAGAGAAAUUCCCCCGACUUUUCUAAAAUCACAAAUUUCUGGAGUUUCUUGUAAUGAACCAGUGGAUGAAAUAGUUUCAUGGAGUUCAAUGGUUUCUGGCUAUGUUUCUAAUGGCAAUUUUGCAGAAGGUUUAAAAUUAUUUAAGAUUAUGGUUUGUGAACUGGUUAUAGUUGACAUUCGGACCAUCACAAGCAUUAUUUCUGCUUGUGCCAACACAGGAAUUUUGGAGGUUGGUCGGCAGAUCCAUGCCUAUAUUCAGAAAGUUGGACAUGGAAUAGAUGCUUAUGUGGGUUCGUCUUUAAUUGAUAUGUAUUCUAAAUCUGGAAGUUUGGUUGAUGCUAUUAUGAUUUUCAAACUAAUUAAUGAUCCAAGUGUUGUUUUGUGGACUUCAAUGAUAUUUGGUUAUGCCUUGCAUGGUCAAGGGAGGCAGGCCAUUUGUCUUUUUAAAGAAAUGAUUAAUCUAGGCAUUACACCAAACGAGGUUACCUUCUUAGGGGUUUUAAAUGCUUGCAGCCACGAAGGGCUCCUUGAAGAAGGUUGCAAAUAUUUUGAAAUGAUGAGAGAUGUUUAUUGCAUUGACCCUGGACUUGAACACUUGACUUGUAUGGUUGAUCUUUAUGGUCGAGCGGGGUGCUUACUUGAGACGAAGAAGUUUAUUUUUGAUCAUUGUAUCUCUCACCUCAGUUCUGUAUGGAAAUCAUUUUUGUCUUCUUGUCAACUCCAUAAAAACGCUGAGAUGGGAAAGUGGGUUUCUGAGAUCCUGCUUCAAGUUGCACCUUUUGAUGCUGGAGCUUAUAUUUUGUCAUCAAAUAUGUGUGCUGACAAUCGUAGAUGGGAUGAGGUUGCUAGGGUAAGGAGUUUAAUGCAUCAUAGAGGUGUUAAGAAGCAUCCUGGUCAAUCUUGGUUGUAGCUAAAUGACGAAGUCCUUUGUCAUUGGAGAUAGGUGCCCGCACAAUUUAAGGACAGGCACGCUUACACACACUCACAUUUGGAUUCUUUAAAUGGAAGAUUGAAGUUACUAGGAUAUUCCCUUGCGUGGAAUUAGUCAUGUAGGAUAUUAGAUGAGGAACAAAGGGAAGUACUAAUUGGUUACCACAGUGAAACACCUUUAGUAUAUCUUUGGAAACAUUAACUCUGCCCUUAAUACACCAUUUGGAUGAGCCUCUGCAUGAUAUAUUAGAUUUUCCUUCUUCUGGCCGGUUUCAGGAAGUAUGUCACCAAGGAAGCAGUUGCUAUGGGAGAGAUCUGCAAUCCGUGGAAGUAUAUCUCAUAAAACCACAAGAGUUUAAAGUGUUGUGCAAUGGCCGGCAGUGAGGGAUGGAUUUGAUGGAGGAGCAACGAUGAUCUAAGGUAUGAGUGAGUUGUGAGUGACAAGUUUUGAGAAAGACAACUCCGUUGGAGAACUGAACGAUUGAAGAAUUGGGGAGACGAAGCGAUGAUUGAGUAGUCAUGAUGGACGGCAUCAAUGGAGGAGCAAUUAGUGAUGACAGAGCAAUGAGCUAAGCAAGGGAAAAGAGUUUGGACUAGCAUAAUGGUGCUGUUAUCAUGGAAAAUCUCUAAGAUUGUGUAAUGUAUGAAAACACAGUGAUUAUUGUAUAUAUAAGUUUCUAUAGGGAUUUGCAUGCAUAUUUUAGUGGUGAAAUGUGAAAAAUUAUAGUGAAUUCAUGAAUCUUAGCCCAUAUGUGUGAUUUUAUGGUGAAAUAAUUAAUUGGGCUAAGAUUGUAGUUGUGAAUAUGUGGUAAAUAUAUAAAGUGGUGAUUUUGUUGUGAAAA